AUUGGAGCAAUGGUAGUUGGCUUACUUCUCUUGCCUUCUAUUUUCCUGUUGAUUAGUGGAUUAAUCAACUAUUUACGCCCAGUCGCUGAUCAGUCAGUCCAGGCGUUGCAACCAAUUGUCCCUGGUGUAAACUUACCUAUUAAAGAGUUACCUUAUUAUUUUGCAACUUUACUAGUUGCAUCAAUCAUUCAUGAAGCAGGACAUGCUAUUGCAGCUGUAAAGGAAGAUGUCCAUGUGAACGGCUUUGGGUUUGUCCUUAUGUUCAUCCUUCCAGGAGCAUUUGUUGAUGUUCCAACAGAAGAAAUUCGCACUCUUACCCCUUUCAGACAGCUAAAGAUCCUGUGCGCUGGUGUGUGGCAUAACAUUGUUCUCGUUCUGCUUGCUGUGGCACUGGGUCUCUCCGUCCCCUACAUUCUACAACCCCUGUACAUUCAUGGUCGUGGAAUGACUGUUUUGUCAUUGACACAAGACUCCCCCGCCAGAGGUCCCACAGGACUAUCCACAGGAGACGUGAUCACUGCACUCAACAAGUGUCCUGUUAGAAGCAUGGAGGACUGGAGGGAGUGUCUUGUGAUGAGCAUUAAGUCCGACCAAAUGGGUUUUUGUGUCCCUGAGUCAGUGGUGCAUACAUAUGACGAGACCAUUCACCAUGCUUUCGAGGGUGCCGAUGGAUCCGUUCAGUGCUGCAGCGGGGACAGUGAGGCCCAUCUGUGUUUUGAACUCCUUGAAGACCGGGACUCGGACAAGGGUGUGGCAGCUAUGCAGCCAUUCUCAUGCUUGCCUGCACGGAUGGCUAUUUCACUGAGCACAAAGACAUGCAUCAACUCGGUGGCAUGCCCAGCUGACAGCCACUGCUUAGCCCCAUCGCUGCGGAAUGCCUCACGCCUCCUGCAGAUUAGCCGACGAGGCCAGAAGGGGGAGCUAAAGGAUGAUGUGCUUUACCUAGGGCCACCAGCAUACCUCUUCCACACAGUGACCCUAACCAGCUACAUCCCCAAGUUUUCCUUUGUCCCCCUGACAUGGCCUGGUACCCUGGAGACCCUGUGUGAUUACAUGAUCAAGUUUUCAGGUGCUUUAGCAGUCCUGAACAUGGUCCCGGUCUUGCACUUGGAUGGCUAUUGGAUCUUUGGGGCUAUGAUUGAUCUCUUCUUGGCCUCCCGGUGUGACCAAGUGACUAGAAGAAUUGUUCAUGUCAUCAUCACAAUAAUGGGGAGUGUUUUACUAUUCUUGAACAUUGUGCUAGGCAUCUGGAGUAUCUUGUAGGGAUGAUAAUAGUGUUCAAUUUAGGCAGAUUACUGUGUGUGUAUAUAUGCUAGGUCCAGUUUUUAUGUGAAGAGUCAGCAUCCGUCUCAAGGAAGAAAAAGAAAAGCUCUCUAGUUCCCAGUCCUUUAACCAAAAAUAUGUACUUUGGUUCUGCCUUUGUGUGUUGAGUUAACAUUAGUUAAGGAUGAGAUAAACUCAGAAAACACAUACUCUUAAUGUACAAAUGCAUCUGUGUAUCACCUGACAAAAGUUGUGUAAACUGUGUUAUUUUCAGUAAGUAUUUGAGAAUUUGCAAGUGAAAAAGAUAUGAUUCAUGAGUGAUGAGCUUGUUAGUUGGUGUGUUUAAAUACAAACUAUUAAGCUUAUGGUUAGGUGGCAGAACAUGAUUGUGUGCCUUUUUUUUCUGCAGCAUAGUUUGUUAUUUUUUCUCUCUUUUCUGUUAUCCGAAUAAUUGAAAGGAAAAUACUAGAAUGAUAAUAUUGCUGCUGCUAAUAUUAAAAUUUCAAAUAAUGGUGAUAAUUGUGUAUGAUUAUGUUUUUGGAAUAUGGUGAUUAUAUUCCUGGUAUCCAUGAGUAAACACAAAAAAUAACUUAUUUAGUGUUUUAUUUAAUAUACAGGUUUAACAAGAAAUUACCAUGCAAUGUUGAAGAAUCAUAUGUAUCUUAUUGUUAUAGUGCCAUAGCAAUAUGAAUUUUUUAUUUUUCAAAAAGUAAGUUUUUCUGGAACAUUUAUGGAUUAUGUAAUGGUUGGUAUUUAUCUUUAUUUAUAUACUAUUUAUAUUUAUUUAUAUAUUUGUUUUAUUUUAAGAGUUUCAUUACUUUGUUGAAUUAAUGUAAUGGUUGGUAUUUAUCUUUAUUUAUAUACUAUUUAUAUUUAUUUAUAUAUUUGUUUUAUUUUAAGAGUUUCAUUACUCCGUUGAAUUAUUGGAGUUAAAUUUGAUUAUUGCUUAGUGCGUAUAAUUUUUGGCAGUAUUCAUAAUUGGGGAAAAGUGAGUAUUAGAAUCAACUUUUGAUUAUUAUUGUUAUUAGUAUUAUUUGUUAUUAUAGAAUUAUCAUAUUUGGAUUUAUUAUUGUUUGAUUUAAUAUUGUUUUCUCAUUAUUAAUUAUUAUUAU